AUGCAGCUGUGGGCAUUGCUCCCCGUCUGCCUGGCUUUCUUUGGCACUGCAGGCAUUUGGACUGUAUUUGCAGUAGCUGUAACAAAUGGAUCAGUCAACCUAACAGAGGGAAUCCCGUACAUCAGCCAGUGUGGCACUUACAACCCACAGAGCUGUCUCUUCUCCCAGGUCUGCAACAUCUGCUGCUUUUUAGCCCUGUGGGUCGUGGCGAUCCGUUUCCAGCAGGUCAGAGACUAUGGUGAUCACGGAAAAGGCAACAUUGCCAGCAUUGUUUUAGGAUUCACCUCCUCCAUAUCGAUCUCCGUCACCGGGAACUUCCAGCAAUCAGUUUUAAUGAUUAUUCACACUGUGGGAGCAGUCCUGGCUUUCUUCCUUGGCCUGGCCUACUUCUGGGUACAGCUGUAUCUAACUUAUCGGGCUCAACCAUCGCAGGACCGAUGGUGGGUGGGGCCUGUCAGGGCGACCUUCUGCAUCAUCUGUACCGUCACGGUUAUUGUUAUGUCCAUUCUCCACAUCACAGGCUUUUCCUCUGGAGCUGCUGCGUGUGAAUGGAUUCUGGUGAUGUCGUUCUUCUGCCUCUUUGGCCUUUUUGCAGCCGAGUUCAGACACAUUGACUGCCACAGCCUCACCGUACAGAAGCAAAUGUUUACGAAUGACCGCAGCCACGCAUCAAUAGAAAUGAACGGUUAUGUUAUAAAUACAAUUAGCUAA